GUCCGGAAAGUGUCAAUGCCAUUUUUCAAAAAUAAAUACUCUCCCCAAAAUAAUGAUUUUAAAAUGAAUUUCAUUCUACAAAACGCUUUUAAAUUAACUUCAGUUGCUCAAAUUAGGAAAUCAGCCUUACAGGAGCUCCAAUUAUCAAAGAUGAGUAAUGAAGUUGAAAAAGCCUCCAAAGCAAAAUACGAGAAAAAUACUGAAACUAUAUUCGAUAAAAUCAUUGCCAAAAAAAUUCCAGCAGAUAUUAUUUACGAAGACGAGCAAUGUUUGGCUUUUAACGAUGUUAAUCCACAGGCUCCUGUACAUUUUCUUGUAAUUCCUAAACACCGAAUUCCUAUGUUGGAUGAGGCAAAAGACAGUGAUAGUGAAAUUUUAGGUCACUUAAUGUUGGUAGCAAGCAAAUUGGGCAAACAAAAAUUACCAAAAGGAUAUCGUUUAGUGAUAAAUAAUGGCAAAGAUGGAUGUCAGUCAGUUUAUCAUUUACACUUGCAUGUUUUAGGUGGAAGGCAAAUGAAAUGGCCUCCAGGAUAAAUAAAAUUAAUCUAUUUAUUCACAAUUUACUUUUCACAGCCUUAUCAUAUUCUUUCUCCCACUCGAAAGAUUCCUUUUCCUUCAAAUUGUAAGAUUUUCCGUGUUUUCCAAUGCCACUCAAAAAUUUUUUUGCACCCUCUAUUAUGUCUUUUACUUUCAAACUUUUAGCUUUUUCUUUUUCAUAUUUCAACAGUUCAUCAUAGACUUGGUUGAAAGCAGCAUUGUAGGUUGAAUUUCUAUCAGAAUUGAGACAGUCUUGAGGAAAUUUUGUUAGGCAAGUUGCUAAUUGCAAGGCUUGACCAAAACCUAAAAUUUGUCAAUAGACACAAUCAUUUUAAGAAAAUAGUAAUAAUAUAAACCUGUUCCACAAGCAACUAUCCUGUUAGCUAAACCCCAUUCGAAGGCCUCUUUUGCAGUCAAAGUUCUACCAGUCAAAAUUAAAUCUAAAGCUCUAGAUAAACCUAUGACUGCUGGUAAUCUAACUGUUGCGCCAUCAACUAAAGGAACACCAAAUCUUCGUCCAUAUAAUCCAACAAUAGCAGUUUCUUCCAUGACCCUUAAAUCACAUAAAAGUGCUAGUUCUAAGCCACCAGCGACUGUAUAGCCUGAAAGUGCAGCUAUCAUAGGUUUGUUAACAGUUUUUUUAGAGGGUAACUGCAAAGUUUAGAUUUUAGUUGCGGAAAUGUUUGGGUAUUCAACUACCUACUAGUGAGCAAUUCAAUUUUUCAUUCUCAGCUAUUUCUGCUAAAUCAAAUCCAGAACAAAAGUUGCCCCCUGUUCCAUAUAAAACUGCCACAGAGGCACUAGGGUCUCGCUCGAAACUUGAAAUAGCUGCUUCUAACAUUUCGCUUGUUGAUUUAUCUAUACAGUUCCGUUUGUCAGGCCUGUUUAUACCUAUUGUGGUGAUCAAGCCCAUUUUUUCUACUAAAAUAUCUGGAAAAAGAGUUAAUUUUUCUGGAUUUUUUGUUGAUAAUUUAUAUUCUUACUAUUUUUGUCCUUGGCUUUUGUUGACAUGCUCUUACACAACGAAUUUAUUAUACGUCUACUAAGCAUAGUUCAAUGCUAUGACAUUAUAAUGGUAUUUACUAAUUAGUUUACUGGAAAAAUAAGAAAAUUGUGAAAUAAAUACAUGUAAAUAAAAAUGAGUGCCCGUCUUGUUAGAGGAGGGCUUAUCGAUCGAUAUAGGUACAUCGAUACAGCCUCGAGGAUGGUGCAUAUCGAUAUGAAUUCGUCAUAUAUUGAUAAGGAGCUUGCAAAAAGUCAAUGGGUACGUUCACCAGAGGACGCGGAUUCUGUGCUCUGUUGCUUUUUUACAUGUUGAAUGAGUGACGUCACUACCAGCAGCUCAUAAUGAUGACGUCACGCGCAGACCUCAAUCUUGGCUUGGGAUUCAGGCUGUGCUAGUGAGUUAAUUUUUUCGUCGAUUUUAAAUGUAAAAAUGGUGAUUUUCGGUCUAUUCUCACAGAAGAAAUGUGUGUGUACAACUCCAAAUAAAUCAAUAUUUAUUUUCAAAAUCUUAAUUUAACUUAUCGCAAAACUACUACAUAGUAUAGAUAACUAAUUAGAAACUCAGUAAUCCAUUGGGUAAUGGUAAUUGAAAAAUAUUUAAAUCAAUAAUUCUAAUUUGAGUUAAAAGCCCUUAACAUAAUCUAGAGGUACGCUCAAGUUUGAACACAAUAUAAGAAAAUACUUUGCACAAGCACCUUGAAUUCAACUUAAAAAUUACAAAAUAGAGGAAUUCAAUAAUUAAUAUAUCGAUGAAUCAAUAAUUUGAAUUGAAUAGCAUCAAAACAUAAUAGGUCUGUUUCUGUCCGCAGAAAUAACGAACCAGUCCGAGUGAAUUUUAUUCGUUGAAAUUAGUUUUCUGACUAUUUUCAACCAGUGAAAUUCGCUCUGACUGGUUUGUGAUUUCUGCAGAAACAGACCUAUAGUCAUCAAAUUCAGUCACAAAAAAAAAGGAGGUAUUAUUUCAUUAAAAAAAGAAAAUUUUCUCAAACCAUAAGCACCCUUAAAUUUACUCUAAAUAAAUUCCAAACUGGGCAAAUAACAUGUCCUCGUGGUCAUGGCAGAGUCAAUGUAUUAUCCAAAGAACAUUACGGUUCAUGUUCCUCUGUUUCAACACUGGGCGAGUUCCAAGAUAGUCUUUCCUCAUAGAAUUUUAUGACUACUUGUGGGCAUUUAACGUUAGCUUGUUUGGCUGGCACCAGAUCGGCCUCGUCAGUUCCCACCCAUUUCAUUAAAAACAUUAGAGGUCCUGAACUGUUGGUUGCUCCAAUUAUCUUUUCGGGCUCAAGCCCCCUGUCAAAACCAUGUAAUUUUUUUUCAUCCGGUUUGAAUGGUUUUUUACCAGACUUCAAUUCUGAGGUUGGGGUCCCUGUACUUUUUCUUUUUUUGCUUUUUUCAGCCUCUUUUGCUACCCGAUCGGCUUCGAAGGCUUUUAUAAGGCUUGGACAAUCGAGAUUAC